GGAUUAUAUGAAGCAAACUUUGUAUAAAAACCAGAGCACUCCUCAAGAAAUUAUUCAGUUGCCAGCAUAACCAGAAUAAACAUGUACGCUAAGUUGAUCGUCGCUCUUUGCGCCUUAGGCGUCGCCCACGGCAGUGGCCUCUUGGCGGCCGCUCCAGUAGCGUACAGCAGCCACGCUAUCGCGGCUCCCGCUAUUGUCACCAAGACCAUCAGCCCCGCUGUCUCUUCGGUGUCUUCCUACUCGACCCACACAGCACACGCUGCACCUAUCGCCACCUACGCUGCCGCCCCUGCCAUCGCUACCAGCUACGCUGCCGCACCAGCCAUCGCUACAUCCUACGCCGCCGCCCCGGCUAUCGCCACAUCCUACGCCGCUCCCGUAGUGACCAAGACCAUCUCGCCAGCCACUACUUCCUACUCUUCUUACUCGACCCAAACCGCUCACGGUUCUCCCGUCGCGACCUAUGCCGCUCCCGCCGUCGCCGUACACUCCGCCCCCGCUGUGGCCGUAGCUGCCGCUCCCGCCGUGGCCGUGUCCCGCACCAUUGCCCCCGCUGUGUCUUCCUACUCUUCUUACUCCACCCAGACCGCUCAUGGAGCUAGAGCAUACGCCGCUCCCGCAUAUGCAUCAUACGCUGCUGGUCCCGCGUAUGCCUCAUACGCCGCUGCUCCCGCGUAUGCCUCAUACGCCGCUGCUCCCGCGUAUGCCUCAUACGCCGCUGCUCCCGCGUACGCCUCAUACACCGCUGGACCCGCGUAUGCCUCUUACGCCGCACCCGCGUACUCCUCUUACAAGACCUAUGCUGCUCCCGCCUACUCCGCGUACGCUGCACCUGCCUACUCCACCUACGCUGCGGCUGCACCCGUCCUCAGAUCAGCUGUGUCGUACUCUGCUGCACCCGCCGUGUCUCACAUUGCCUACAAAGCUCACGGUGCCAACUAUGCCUGGUGAACUGAAUCAAUUGUUGUACCUGUAAAUAUGUAAUUAACGAAUAAAAUUACUUGCAAAUGAGAA